CAAGGUUGAAGUUCGGCGGAACGUUUGAUGUUUCGCGAAACGAUCGUAGUCUGGUAAUAUACUCAACGUAUUUAUGGGUUUCCGCGGGUGAGAUUUAAUGCCAGUAUUUCGUGCAAUUCUUCUGCAAAGUGUCUGCUUUUUUCAGCGCCUUGUUUUUACUUCCGUGAAUGACAUCUACAAAUUGAUAAAUAGCUUCCUUGAUAUCCUGUUCACAAAUCACUUGUUAUAGCUUUGCCCCGUUUCAGUAUGCUACAGUUUUCCAGUUGUAAGUAGAUGAUAUUGCUAGAAAACCAGUUUGUGGUCCAGCAUUUGUUCAUGUUACCGGCCGGAAUACAGUGCGAUGGUACCUUCAUGUGUUGUGUGCAAGUCAUAUUCUCGUAAACUAAACUCAUGUUUAUGAAUCGAAGUUAAGGUCAACUAUCCUUGUAAGUUAGUUUUGCAGAUUUAUUCAUGAAACAUUCACAUUCACGUGAAUUUGGAAUGUCUAGUAAAACGCAUAUUUAUAUACAUCGACUAGAAGAGGAAAUGUCGCACUAUUUCCACACGGCAGGCUAAAGAGCAGAUUUUAUGCGCGUUUCUCCCUUAUUUUCGUACAGAUUGUGCCCUAUAUUUCACAUAUGUUUUCCUUUAUCUCCCUUCCAUUGUUUAGGUGUUUUGGUCGCUGUUAUGAUCAAGUCAAUCAUCGAAUAUACUGAUUGCAUACUUAGUUCGCAUCUAGUUUUGCAAUUUAUUUGCUGCAAGAUGUAUAGACAAGGCGAAUGCUCUUUCGAAUCUCAACUUAAAUCUUAGGCUAUCAAUAGGUCUGAAGUACAGUUGACUCCACGUUUCGUUACUUUUGAAUGCACGGAAUAAAUUUGCUUGUGUGACAGAUCUGAGUGUCAGAGUAAUAAUUCUGUAAUUCAUCCCUGUUAAUUGUUCAGGGCAUAGCGAUAAGUCUUCUGUCGUUUUAUAGAACUCAGGUAAUCUACGCUUGUAUUAUACUUUCAAACAUCUUCCAGAAUGAUUUAGAGUGAUUUUACAUGCCGUAUUCUACCGAUCAGCGGAUAUUGAACAGACAUGUAAAAAUAUACUCCAUUAACGAUCUUAAAUGACUUAUCAGUCAACCAAUAGUGUUCAGUUAUGUAGCGACAUAUUAUCAAACGUAGUAAGUUUUAACGAAUUAAGUUUCCACAUGAUUAAUGAAUGUUUACAUAUUGGGUUGUUAGUUAUCGUAAGUUGAAAGUGGUUAAGGUUAAGCACUAGGAGAACUAGAUAAUGUCACUAAUUACUAUUCAAUUGUCGAUUACUUUAGAAUUGAUUGAUAAUUCUGUCACAAGGUGUCUACUUUCUUUGUUUCGAGUUUGAUAUCCUUAGACUUGAAGUGCUGUUUGGUGUAAUGUAAAUAUAUUUCGAUACAAAUACUUUCAUUCCUACUUUUCCUGCUGAACAAAUCACUGCUCACUUUGCAAUACGGUUGGGAAUGUACGAUCCCCAAAUGCAAUUUAUAAAGAAGGCAAUUAAUAUCAUUUGAAGGCGAAUUUAAGGUGAAGAGUCAACCUUCAACAUGUUGUUAUCAUAUUACUUUGUGGAAUUUAAGUCCUUUUUCACAGUGACUUGUGUUUAAUAACAGUAAUUAAGUUCAUUAAAUGUAAUCGUCGCAACCUAUUGAGUGAAACGUAUUUUUAAUCCUACUACGGUCAUAAUCAACUAACCUUCCAUUUUGAAACCAAACUUUUCACUCUAUUUUGAUGGGUCUGGCGAGAAAGGAGUGAAAGUAAUCUCGUUCACUGUACCAAAUCCACAGUUGCGAAAUACUAGUUUAUUGCACAAAUUUAGUAAAAACUUUUCAUUCCUUUUGAUUUUUCACUCUGCAAGUGUAUCACUGAAGAUUACUGUAGUUUCACUGACACACAUUUCCAUGUAUGCCAUGUUCUUGUGGUCAAUCACGUGAAUAAUGUUUCUUUUUUAUAGUGGGAGGUUACUAGUAAAUUUGAUUUGAAUGAAAAGGAAGCAUACAGAAAAAUCUGCUUACGUGUCAGCACCAGUAAUGCCAACCAGUGUACAAGAAGAUCUUAGUGAUGUGAGCGAUGAUUUUGAAGAUACAUACAAUACAGAAGUAGCUAAUAUUCAGACUCAGUUAGAUCAAUUGGAUAACAAAACUCAUCCAGAAUUUGUGAAAAUUCGUGAAGAAAUCGAAACUUGGUAUUCGGAACAAAAACAACGUAUUCAAAUUCUACAUGAACACAAAUUAGAUACUAUUUAUCGUGAGUAUACAAAAGAAGCUGAAGCAUGUGAUCGGGAUUGUGAGCAUGAGAAACGACGAAUUCAAGCUUAUUUAGUAUCAUUAUGUGAAGAACUGAAACGACGUUUGGAACAUGAUAAGAGAAGCAUUGAAUUGACUCCAAGUGGAGAUAUUCUUGAAUUUAAACCUGCUAUAACUCGGAAGUUGAGAAGACGCGCUAUAGGUGGGGUUGGUAGUGGUGUUAGCGUCGGCUCGGGGGGCGGAAAUGAUGUUUCCGCUUCAAAUCCAGCUAAUUUCAUGUAUUGGGGUGACUUACUUCUUUGUGGUUCACAUUGGCCAGUGAAUUCGAACUUGAGUACAAGAUUACAGAAACCCAAUUCAAAUGAUUCAUACAGUUCUAGUGCUAUUGCAAAUAGCAAUGAUGAAAAUACCGAUCCAAUCCAAUCGUCAUCAAAUUUAGAGAAUGAACCUAAAGAGAAUGCUUUAAGUGAUGUAACGGGAAUUUCAUGUAGUAAUACGACGUCAUCAGUAUUCCAGUCGACCGCAUUAUCGUCAUCAUUAUCAAUAACGUCGGCACUAACCACAACAGCGACGAUGCCUACUACAACUUCCAUAACUAGCACCACGUUCAAUUCAACUUCUAGGUCAAACAUAUUUGGUACUUUAGGUUUAAACCCCUUUGAUGGAAGUUUGUUAUCACAUUUAUUAGCUUCCAUGAAUAACAACACAUCAUUGACAAAUUUCUAUACGAACCCUUCAUAUUGUAUAUCAAACACACCAGACAACAUAAAUAAUGUCGGUGACUUUUUAACUAAUGGAGGUGUAGCAGUGAAUUCAUCGUGUAAUUCUACUGCAGUAGCUGUGGCAGCUGUUGCAGCUGGUCUUAUUAUGCCAUCAAAUGGUACUGGAACCAUUGGUUUAUCAAAUAACAUCAGACUCUCUCCAGCUACUGCACUUGGUUGUGGUCUAGUACCACUUCUAAAUAAUACUAAUAACAAUCAUAUUCAUUCUUCAUCAACGUCUAUUCGUAAAAGACGUCAUCAGAAUACUGCACCUAGUGCACAAUUAAAUCUUUUAUUACCGGAACAUGAGAUUUAUGCAGAUUUGACAAUUAUUCAUAGAGCUUGUUCGAAAGUUUCAAAUAUUCCCAAUGGAACAUCAAUGAGUAGCGGUAGUCGUAAGCAUUCUUCACAUACUACAAGCAACAAUUCCAAUUAUACUCCUAAUAAUACUUCGAAUACAUCUCAAUUAUGCUGUAAUAGUCCGUUAAGUCCUUCCUUAGGUAAAUGUUAUGAAGAUAAUUGUGGCUCAAGUAGACUGACAAAAGAUUCCAAUACAACAACUAUGAAUACACCGUUAUUUUCAUCUCAUUCAAUGGGUUCGCCUAAUUCAUUCAAUAGUGCAAGUGUUGGUGACUUGUCAGUAACACGUACAGGUGCACGUACAACUGGUACCGGUCACAUUGGAACUAAUUCAUCCAUGAAUAACCAGUCAAAUACAUCGUUUUCUGUAUGGAUAGACGAUGGACGACUUUACUAUGGGCAUAAAUGCUAUCAGAUUGGUGCUUCAGUUAUCUUAGAAGGUCGUGAUGGUUCAAGCCAUCGAUGUACUGGUACAAUAGCAUCUAUUGGUGUUCAAGACAUAGCUAUACGAAGAUGUUCAGAUCAUGGAAUAUGUCGUGUAACUGUACAACAAUUAAAACAAGGACGAUAUGCAAUAUGGCCAAAUAAAUCUGAAUAGAAUAACUUCACCAUCUCACAAAUCAUUCUGGGUUUUAUUGUAAUCAGAAAAAGAUUAACUAUUGAGAGAACCAAUCCUAUUGUAAAGUGUAGAUUGUUAUUAAUACUGCACUUUUACAAGUUCCCUAUGUGAAUAUAUAUACUUGUACAUGUACAUUUCUAUGAUCGUCCUUAUCAUUUGUCAAUUCUAUCUUUAUUCAUUAUUCCAUGUCAACACCCUGUCAAUCCUGUCAUAAUAUCAUUUCAGAAUAUAAUUUAAUCUCUUCUUUUUCGUUACAUUUCAAUUUUGUACUACUUACUGAAUAUGUGACUCAAUGAUAAAGU